AUGCCUCGAACGCAGCAAGAGACAACUACAGGGAUGUUGGGAUCACCUCUACAAACCGCUGCUGUUGGCUUGCUGAAUAUGCUCGAUACUGGGGGUCCCGCCCCAACAUUCUACCAUGCUCUCAGCCUAGAAAACGUGCCAGCAGGCUCGCUUGAACGUGAGAUCAUGUCCCAGAAUGCCCUUGGAAGGUCAACCGCUCUCCUGGAGACUUUCCACCAUUCUCUGCCAGACUUUCAAUCGUCGUCCACGGCGAUGAUGCUCGAACAAUCGAGUGGGGAAGCCUUCUCCGAGGUGUUCGAUACAUUGUCCACGUCCACGCCGACCCCUUUUCCGGUUGCGGCGUUCAUGCCUCAGUCAAAUCCAACUGCUUCCUGCCGCCUGAGCCUGGCUUCUACAUGUUUACCUACCAUAGACCCCGAGACGAUCAUUAUACCUCUACAAAAGAUCCGAAACCAUGUCUUCACAGGUUUCAACGAUAAUAACAGUCCCCUCACUUUUAGAUGCUAUGGCAGAUUGCAUCACCAACUUCGAAAAGCUCUCAGUAGCGACUGGGUACUAGAUGCACUACGUGUGGUCUUGCGAUGGGCUUACCGAGGAGCCGAGAAGAAAAUAGCAGGCCAGCACAGACAAUGGCAUGCUGGCAAAGCCGACGCUCCAGAAGACGAUCAGUUGCUAUGUAUGUCAACUGAGGAUACGGACAGAUCUUUCGUGAGAAAGGCAGAUGGCAUGCUCGAGAUAAGGCCGCGCAUAUUCAAUUCUGACGGUGAUGUCUUUCGCGCAGGACUAUACCGUGCCUUCAAAAGCCACGAAAAUGAAGGCAGAGGCAUGACAGAAAUGGUCAGUAUGACAUAUGUUCCGAACCCACAAUGGCACAGUACUGGCCUUUCAAUUACGAUCGGCCGAGCUUUCGACACCAGGUUCCGAGCUUCUAUUCCUCCAUCAAUCAGGGCUUUCAACGUCGUGCCGUGGGACGCUGAGAUUAUCCGUUUGGUGAAAAAGAACGAUCUCAGGGGGGUAAGAGAACUCUUCGAGACAAGAAAAGCGUCACCCACAGAUGUCAACCCUGACGGCCAUUCAUUACUCUCUUACGCGAUUUAUCCAGGAGCCGCUGAGCUUUUCGAGUUGUUGUUGCGUGGAGGCGCAGACGUUUGGCAUUGCUGUACUGCCUGGGACAACACAAUCGAUCUAAUCUCUGCCAUAUGGCAACGUUGGUCUACUGAUAGGUGCCACCGGCUUUGUGCCCGAACGACUGACGAAGAUUGCUUUGAUGAAACCGCGGCAUGCAUCCGACUAACAAAUAUCGCUUUUGACCACGGCUGCGAGAUCAAUUUGUGCACAUCGGGUGACCCCGAUUCACUUAGCCCACUGUUCGAGAUAGCUUGGCAACCGAGCCUCAAGUCAGCAGAGUACAUGGAAGCCAUCGCAUCGCUCAUAGGAAAUGGCCUUGACAAAGACGAAAGAAACAACACGGGACAGACGCCCUUCCUGUUUGCAGUCGUCAUGCCAUGGUCUACGGCUGCGCUGCCGAGGGCUUUAGUGUCGUACAAAGUGGACUUGGCUGCGGUCGACAAUUUUGGAAGGGGAGCAUUUCAUUCUGCGAUCUUGCACGCAAGUUUCCAAUACCGCUUACAAGUCCUCAAGGAAAAUUCAAAACAAGAGAAUGCUUUGCGUCUAUCUGCCUUUGGCAAGAACAAUGUUGGGGGCCAGCGACUUGAGGAUGCCGUCCUGACGGAUGAUGACAAACAACCGACGGCAAAGGACAUCGACUGGCAUAAGUGGAUUGAUGACUUGAGAAGUGAUGAUUAUUGCGAUAUUUAUUGCUCAGGAUACUGGCCACGUAGCGAUGAGCCCCGGGUGUACUCCACACUGCUUUUCCUGUUCGAGGUCGGAUGUGAUCCGAACUUGAAAGAUAGAGAUGGGCUUGUUCCAAGCGACUAUGUACGGGGCCUACCUAUAUGGUCCACAUGGGAAAAAGCGCUUACAAAAUCCGGGUGGUUCUACGAUGCACGAAGCAAGCAAUGUAUCAAGCGCAUCCAAACCGCAAAUGAAGACGUUCACGAGAUCGAGGACGAGUCUGACUUGGAGAUCGGACAGUUUGCUCAGGUUGGGCGUCAAAAUCAUACUGAGGAAGUAUUGAAUGAUUUUGAUCCGCCGCUGGAAGGCUGGCCAUUGCCGGAUGACUGUACCACUGGGCAUGAGAGUCUGGAAUUCCCUAAUGUUUUCACCUUGUGCUCACCUAUGCCGGGUGUUGAGGAGAUCUGA